CAACUGCCGGUUCUCGGCAGUACUUUCCUCACGAUCUGACAGCGUGAGGAAAGUGCAGCCGAGAACCGGCACUUGCAUUUUCCUGUGAUCAGCGUGUCAUUGGACACCGCUGAUCACGUGAACAGGGAUCGGCACCGAUCAUCAGGGUCACUGAUCAUCAGUGCCCUGAUGAUCGGUGCCCACCUGUGCCACACACAAGUUCCGCCCACUUGUGUGCCCACCUGCAAUGCGCCCACCUAUGCCCAGCAGUGCGCCCACCUGUGCCCAGCAAUGCGCCCACCUAUGCCCAGCAGUGCGCCCACCUGUGCCCAGCAAUGC